AUGUCGCUCAAGUUCCUCACGAGGAGGCGCGAUCGCGAUCGCAACACUCCUUCUUCCGCUCAUACCCACAGCAAAUCCGUGUCGAUCACCAGAAGUCACACAGCGACAGACGUCUCGCUUCCCUCAACCGAUUCCUUCUUCAGAAAAGGCAAGCCUGCCGAGGUCCCCUCCGAAGUUCACAUCAUCAGCUGGGACCAGAAGGAACCCUCUUCCUCCGGUCGACAAGCGCCUAUCGGAUCGAUAGCCGAUGAUGCGCCUCCUUCGACAGCUACACCCGUCUAUCACGCAUUUACAACCCGUCCCUCGUCGACAAGCCUGACCUCCAGGGAAGCCAGUACCAGCUACUCCAACGAUACUGCCUACAGCGGCAGCGGCAGAAAUGACACCUCCGGUCGCACCUUCUUCGGCGCAAGGAACCUUCCAGCUCAUCGCAGGGUCGAGUCCAAGAGCUCGCCCCGAAAACCUACAGAAGCCCCCCGCGAAUCACCGCGUGAUCCUUCAGCGACGCUCCCUGACGAGCUCGCCUCAGUCAGCCUCCAGGCGGUGUUGAAAGGGUCAGACACGCCUAGGAGUGACAACGUCGAGGAGCUCGAGGCUUCUUCUGGCGCUCAAACUCCUCUCAGACAGAAAGAUGCAUCGAAUAGCGAAGACAUUGUCCGCCCAGCAACCAAAGCACGGCGUCCAAAGUCGCGCUCCGACCAUGGUCACGGCGGUUCUCGCAUGGCCAUCCACGGUGACGUCGACGUCGAUGACCUGUCCACCCCCUCUUUCGCCGGCACGCCCCUGUCGUUGCCUUCUGGAUCACGGGUUCCCUUUUCGGCCUUCCACCGCAACGCCUCAGUGUCAUCCUUGACCAGCUUCAUCUCGUUCGGUGGGGCUGGCGACGUAUCGGCCAACGAAGGCGACACAGCGACGUUCAAGAAACCGUCCGGGUUUCUUUCCCGCUUCCCCUCGACACGACGCCGGUCGCGACGCAGCAAGAACGCCUCGUCAGGGGACGCGCAGUCCUCUGCCUCAGGUGAUUCGGAUGGGCAAAGCGGUUCCUCCCGUGCUCGCAGCGAGUCACACCACUCUGCUGCGCCAAAGUUCUCCCAGUCGCGAGACAAUGUUCAGUCACCACCCAGUACGACCAAGGCGGUCAAAUCGGGCAGGUUGGCCGCUCCACCCUCAGCCUGGCGGUCCGACAUGGCAGCCGUAGCUCCCGUGGCAGAUAUCUACAGUGCAGGUGGAGGAGGGGGCACGUCAUCCGCCUACAGCUCGGACAACGAGAUGAGCGUCGGCCACGCCUCCUCCUCCGGCCACGGUGCCGAACCCAGCGAAGGUCGCACAUUCUUCCAAAAACAUGGCAGGCGAGCGAGCGGCGGCGACACGAGCGUCUCUGCCCGGGAAAACAGCAGCCUUCUGCACCCCUCCUUCACCAUCUUUGGCCGAAUCACUGAUGCAGCGACCAAGCGGGCCUCCAUGUACUCGUCCAAGUCCAACGCAUCACCCGCUCCCGCGCCGAUGCCGUUGGAGCCGGCCGAUCCGCCCAUCUCGCCCCGCGUCUCGGGUCUUCCCUUACCCCUCCCCUCGCCUUCGGUCGCCUCGCCGGGCGGAACGAUCUUCACCGCGCAGCUCUUCCAACGUCUCGGUCCGCCUCCUAUCGGUCUUCCACCUCCGAACUUCGAAGACCGUGUCGAGCUCAUUCACAAUCACGUGCUCAACCAGGCCUGUCCCGCACACCCGUCGUCCAACCCCGCUGGACUUGGCAACGACCUCUCGAGCAUCCUCAUGAGCACCAGCGCCUCUUCCGAUGGUCUGUAUCGCUCCAGCCUACCGCCCACACCGCGGGGGGUUACCGCCUCCACUUCGUCGCGCACCAUCCGCGCCGCACCCUACGACCUGACGACGCUCCAGGACGAAUUUGACAAGCUCGAGUGUCUAGCUGAGCGCGAGAUGGGUCGGUUCGUUCCGACCGUCGAGAUGCUCCGCGAACUGCGCCUGGAAGAGGCCUUUGUGGAGGCGAGACGCCGAUGUGGCGUCGACUGCACGCGGGUUCAGUUCGAGGUGAAGAACGUGCUUGUCGCUGAUGACAGGCUGGAACCAAGUCGCAGCAUGGCGUCCGUCCUGGGGCUGCAGCACGGCGAGGAACGGUUUGGAGGGGCAGAGAUGAGUCUGACGCCUGCGCCUAGGAGGAGGCGAGGGACGGCGACGAGAAAGUCCGAUUCGACGGGUGCAAGGAUCACCACGCCUCUUUCCAAUCUGCCCAGCGACGGCUUUGCGCCACAGGAACUGUUCACUCCACAAUCGUUCAGCGUCAAGCCGCUACCCGUGCUGACGCAGCGUCAAAGCUCGAACGUCGCCGGCGCAAGACCAUCCAGCGCCGACACGCACAGCGAGGCGAGCAGCGGAGUGAGUCGCAGCGCGUUGCGUUCGCCGCCGCUGUUUGGGCAAGUGCUGGGUUUCCACGGGAAGGGUGGCGUGGAUCGCGGAUCGCAGGAUACCGAGGAGACGGAUGAUGGCGUCGGUGCGGAGGAGCGACAGGAAAGAACCGGGGGAAAGAGGCAAAGUGUUGUGUUGUAG